AAUUUCGCCACCCGCUCAGUGUUUUAUCAGAUACGAAGCGUAGGCUGCUUACUCUUUGUUCACCAAGGAUUGAAGGGACAGAAAUUACAGUGUUGUCAGAGAAAAUGUUGUUUUAAUUAUUUGUACCAGCUGGAAUGAGCGUGUACUGGAUAUGGGCGAGAGAACACCUCGCUGCUGGCCUUUUUUGUCAUAUCGAGACGCUCAUUAACCCGUGCCCUGGAAAUAAACAACCAUGGAAAAUAGUUAGUAUUUAAUUCCGUUAUAAACAACUAAUAAAAGCACCGUGUUUAUGGUGUGCUGUGAGAGUUUAGUGAGGAGCUCCGUGGUAACAGCGCCGCCAGGCAGCCUUGAGCAGAGCCGAUUCUGCAGAAAAUGAGGAUUGGACGUGAGCUACGUGCGCUUCCAGGGGUAGACGACAUGACAUGGAGAGACUGGAAAACACGAGCCUUUUAAAAACGCACGGACGCGAGAGUGUCUGUUCCAUGCAAGAGAGAGUCACCAAUGGCUGUUGUAAUGCUUACGCAGUGAAUACAAUGGUUCUGAACGCGACUACAGCAGACGAGCUGCUGGCUGAACAUGCGUCUAGAUCUGGACCCGGGGUCACGCUUCUGAAGGAGUCCAAGAGCGGCUUGCCCUUGUGUAACGGUGGAGGAGUGGUGUCCCCUUCACCUACAGCAGAAGAAAGUUAUCGCGAGGUCCCUGCACAGACGCAAAGUGGGUGUUUACAUCCAAAUGGACUGGCGGAGACCCCCAAUGGGGGCCUCACGGCUAAUGGGGACAGGACUUUGGACAGGCCUUUGAAGAAGCCUUGUGGAGAUGUGCGAUUCAGACAAUUCCAGCAUCAGAGGAGAGAAGAUGAGGAAAACAGAGACUUUGGGGCCCAUGGUGGUGGUUGCCCUGCAUCAGGGUCUGGAUCUAGUAGUUCUUCGGAAACGUCCCACGGACCAGACCCUUCUUUUGAAUGCAAAAGGAGAAGGGUUGAAUUGGACUCCAAAACAGACUCUAGUAAAAGCACACGGGCUGUUGCGCCCCUCGCGGCAAAUCACCAACACAAAAACUGUGGCGGCUCCGCGCCGUCGCCCGGGUGGGUCUAUCACAAUGGACACAAAGUUGCAGUGAACCAGGCCGAUGUUUGCUCUGCUCCGCCUGCGGUGGCCACCAGUGCAGGUUGGUCUCCAGAGCACAUGGCUCAGCAGUACAUAGUUCCCUGCAUGAAAUAUUACGGCAUCUGCGUAAAAGAUGGUUUCCUGGGCGAUCGACUGGGCAGUAAGGUCCUGGAGGAAGUGGAGACUCUCAAUCACAGCGGGAAGUUCAGAGGCGGCCAGCUGGUGAGCCAAAAAAACAUCCCAACUAAGAACAUCCGUGGAGACCAGAUCGCCUGGGUCGAAGGCAACGAGCCGGGCUGCGAGAACAUCGGGAUACUUAUGGCUCGCGUGGAUAUGGCCAUCAUGCGCAGUGCGGCCAGUGGACAGCUGGGGAAUUAUGUAAUAAACGGACGCACCAAGGCCAUGGUUGCGUGUUACCCUGGAAAUGGAACAGGAUACGUGCGACAUGUGGACAAUCCUAACGGUGACGGACGCUGUAUAACCUGCAUCUACUAUCUGAACAAGGACUGGGAUGCGAAGGUUCAUGGAGGUUUAUUGCAGAUCAUCCCCGAGGGUCGUAAUGUUGUAGCCAAUAUCGAGCCUCUGUUUGACCGUCUGCUCAUUUUCUGGUCAGAUCGCCGGAACCCACAUGAGGUCAAACCAGCUUUUGCCACUCGCUACGCCAUCACUGUUUGGUACUUUGAUGCAAAAGAGCGUGCUGAAGCUAAGGAGAAGUACAAACUGGCUACAGGACAGAAAGGAGUUAAAGUGCCUGUCACUCAAAGCAGCAAGACCUGAAUCUCAGUCAUUCGAGUGAACACUCAAGUGUGUCUUGUUUAUGUGUGUGGCCGCCUGUGCCACCGCGCAAUUGGCUGUUUUCAAGAGGAGAUGAAAGAAACCCAACAAUCAUGGCUCUUUCUGUGGCCUCAAACAUCCAACAAGAAGUUUAAUUUGAUUGGGUGGAAAUGAACACCAUAAACAAACUUGAUGGUCACAGCUCUGAAAGGCUGGCAGGAUUGGCCGAUUUUCCUCAUCGUGUGGAAAGUCAACAGUGGAAACAUCACAAAUGGACUUGAGUUAUUUUAGUGUUUAGAGUAAUUACUGUAUUUAAUGAGAAUUACAAUCUCUAAACUCAGCCCUCGAAUUUCACAACCCUACACCUCUGUGUGUAAGUGGGUAGAUGAGAUUUUCCAGUGGCCUUUGUCAUAUCCUGUUUAGCCCCACGAAUGUGUAACCAGCUUUACACUGAGAUCUUCACUUAUGCCAAUGCUCUUAAUCAUGAAAACUGACAUAAAAUAACCAACAAUCACAUUA